CCGGCACCAAACCUUUUUCUUUAAAGCCCCUGAAACAAGUCGACUUCCACGGCCACGCGCCUGCUCUGGCGCCUCCACCUUCCCAGACCGGAGAGUUCAACCCUAAUGCCGCUGCCGCCGCAGGUCUGAGGUCAGUGAAUAUGGGUGGUGUGACGUCCUCGGUGGCCGCUAAGUUCGCCUUCUUCCCGCCCGACCCACCGUCUUACGGCGUGGUGGACGAGGAGCCGCCUCCGCCGGGCGUGGCCCCGGCGGGGAGUGACGCUGCAGCACUUUCUAGGAGGGUGUUGAUGACGGGGGUUCUGUGGAGGGAGGGGGUGGAGGCACGUCGCCUCCGGACGCGGCGGGGCACGGAGAUCAUUGCCAUGUAUGUAGGGUGUCCCAAGGCGAGUCUCACCGUGCUGUACUCGCACGGCAAUGCCGCUGACCUCGGCAAGAUGUAUGAGCUCUUCAUAGAGUUCAGCGCUCGCCUCCACGUCAACAUCAUGGGGUAUGAUUAUUCUGGUUAUGGACGGUCAUCAGGCAAGGCAAGUGAAGCUAAUACAUUUGCUGACAUAGAGUCUGCAUAUAAAUGCCUUGUGGAGGUUUAUGGGACUAGGGAAGAAGACAUUGUUCUUUAUGGUCAAUCUGUCGGUAGUGGCCCCACUGUUGAUUUAGCUGCUCACUUGCAUCACAUAAGAGCAGUUGUUCUGCAUAGUCCCAUACUUUCUGGCCUACGUGUCAUGUAUUCUGUGAAGAAAACAUACUGGUUUGACAUAUAUAAGAACAUUGAGAAAAUUCCCCUUGUUAAAUGCCCUGUUCUGGUGAUUCAUGGUACAAGUGACGAUGUUGUUGAUUUUUCCCAUGGAAAGCGGAUAUGGGAGCUGAGUCAACAGAAGUAUGAGCCUCUGUGGAUCGAGGGAGGCGACCACUGUAACUUGGAGACCUUCCCAGUGUACAUAAGGCAUCUGAAGAAGUUUCUGUCAGCUGUAGAGAAGUUGCCUGCUGGAAAAGAAGCAGCACCUGAGAGUGAGAAGUUGCUAGCUGGAAAUGAAAAACCUUCAGAUAGCGCCGCUCUUUCUGAGGCGCAUUUGAUGACCUCGCAGAGGUUAGAGCCAUCGAGGAAGAGCUCAAGGCAUGAGCAGCCUCCUAGGCUGAGCACUGAAUGUGUAGAUAAACACCGUCGAAGUACAGACGUCAGGGAAAAGGCAAGGUCCAUCACACAUAAGGAGAGAUCAAGGAGAAGUGUCGAUACAUUUGACAGGACAAGAGAUGAAAAUGAACGGACAGACAAACCAAGGAAAAGCAUUGACAGGCUUGGCGAGAUGAUUAGAUCAAUGGGCCUCUGCAAUGUUGAUUGCUUCAAAGAGCCUUCUCGAAAAACCGAGGCUUGCUGAGUCAGUGAGUGGUUUUUCAUAUGUAGUUAUAGAAUCGUUUUGUUUCUCUUUGCAGCGGCAGAGUCAACAAUGGUUUGUGUGCUCUUGCUGAUGAA